GAUGGAUUGAUGCAUGCUUAGUGUAUUUUGUCUAGAAACGUCUGACGCUGGGGAUUGACACACUGAUUCUUUUGCCACAUUUCUUACCAUCCUUUGACCCCUUUUUGGACGACCAUCACGGCCCCAUGGCUCACCAGUCCCGACCGGGUCACUUUGGCAGCAUCCAUCGCUACCCAGCUAUCCCCUAUAUCCCUCGACAGGGUUCCGGAGCACAAUCGUCGCCUACCAUACCAAUGAGGCCCUCCCCUCUCAACGGUCAACCCCUCUCCCCCAACGACAUGUACGAGUCAGAUCACGCCGAAGCAGAGGACAAGGUCGAGGAUCUUCUCCGACACGGCGUCCUGGCGACCUUUGCACAUCUACAGAACGGAUCUUCCACCACCAUCGGAAGCAGCAAGGCCAAAGCGGACAAGGUCCUUGGUCUCGACCCCCAUGCCAGACUUGCCUCGUUCUACCUCGUCUCGGGCGUUCCAAGGGACUUUGCCGAGUGGUCGUUUGCAGAUCCCGACGCGACGCGAGGUAUGGCUCACAUGGAAGACUCUAUGGGAUUCUUCUGGCGACCCGACGUCCUUGGUUCUGCGUACUCUGGUCAAAAGACCCAAGAUUGGCUCAAAGACCUGUCAAGGGGGAAAAAGGGAAACUCGAGUCUCAACUCGUUUGCCAACUCGAGUGGAAAGCCUCACCGUUCAGCAUACGUGCCUGACGCUGGACCAGACGGUCCAUUGAAGCUGCUUGACAAGACGCUCAAGUAUGCGCAUCCCAGAGACGUCGAGGUGAUCAACUCCACGCUUGCUCCACCUACCACCUGUCACGCGUUUUCCUUUACGAUACCAAAGCAUGACACCCUAGUAGCGGUGGCGAGGACCCGACUCGACGUCGAGAGCAACUUUGACUCGACGGCCUCUGUACCCGAAGACUCUGUCCUCGAUCCCACCUCCUCCCUCACUCGACACGCUCGUAACAUGUCCGCGGCGACGGAACUCGCUUUUCAUGGCGUCACAUUGACCGUCUGGACCCAUGUCGAGCCUGACAAGGUGGUGGCAUUGAAGGCCAUCAAGGAGAAUGCAGAAAGGGUCAAGGCGGGUGGGCUCGAAACGCUCCGAGCGCAACUGUUGAAGCGACCUCCUCCCCUGUCGACGGAAAAGCUCAGGUGGCGUUCAAACGUGCCAUGGGGACUGUCCCGUACAUCCAGUGUCGACUUUACGGGGAGUGAGGCGGAGCAGAUGACGAGUGAUUUGGAUCGGGACAGUGUAUCGACGAGGCGAAAGCAUCUCAGGAGUGGUUGGUCGAUGGACGACUGGCCUGGAGACGCGCCAGUGUUUGAGGAUGGAGGCGACACCUUUUGGACGCCCUAUGCCAUCACCUUGGUGUCGCGACAUCCCAUCUACGAUGUGAUGCAGGAUUACCUUCGGUUGAAUUGGUCCAUGUACGCAAAGAAUGCAAAAUUUCACAUGGCUCAAAUGUGUCGAAUCCUCAAUCGCGACACGCCUCGACCUGGCGAGACGUUCUCACUCUUUGUGGGCAAUCGAUCCAAAGAGGGUGUGACCAUCGAAGGCGUCAUGCCGGGCGCUUUGGAUUUUGAGCGGGGCAUCGUCAAGGUCGAUUUCCAGCUGUGGCCAUUGUUUCAAGCGCUGGACUUGGAUCAUCUUUUGACCUGUGCAGAGGUGGCAUUGUCCAACUCUGGCCGGAUCAUGUUUUUCUCCAAGCAUCCUGCGUUGCUCAACAUUGCAGUGUCGACGCUGCAGUACAUCGUCGAGCUGAGGGGCUGGGAUGGACUCGCCAUGCCCAUGUUGCAUUGCCGCGAUGUGACCUUUGUGAUCGAGGACCCAGGGCCGUACAUCAUCGGCAUGCCGAGCGAAUGCCGCUACAUGGUGACGAUCCCAAACGAGGUGGUGGUGGUCGAUCUAGACACAAAUUCGCUCUCGUGUCGAUCUCCACCCAAUGUCAUCUCGACUCGAUCCAAGAGGGACAAGGCAAAGGCGAGGAUCAUGUCUGCGUUUGGACCGGGCUUUCCCAUGGAGCGAAACAUUCCUAUCGAGUUCAAAAUCUCGUACCCCCGGGGCGCUUUCCGAAACGUCAACCGUUUCGUCCAUGGUCCACAACGACCGACCUACCUUGGCGAGCGACUCAGAUCGCCUACAUGGUGGAAGCACAGUGAGAUCAUCACGGCGUUUGACAAGGUUCUUUUGGACAAGCACAAGAAACCGAGUUUGAUCAAGCGAUUGACGAAAAGUGGCAUGGGACGCCAAGAGGCUCAGCUGACAGCCGGCGAGCAAUUGGCAAAGACGAUGAUGAGGAAGCGAGCUCUGCACUAUGUCGAGGCGCGUGAUGAUCUCGAACGCAAAGUCGCGAGAAUCAACAAGCGACUUCAGAAGAUGGCCUCGGAAGGAGAGCAUUGGCGGUCUCAAUUCGAGUCGUUUGAAAAGUAUGCCGAAAAUUUGGCGUUUGAAGCGAGCGAUCUCAAGCAAAAGAUUGAGCGGGAAAAGCGAGAGGCGAGACGAUUGUCGAACAUCGCGAAUGAGCAGACCAAGGUCAACCAUGACCUCGAGGAACGUCUCAAGCAGACGGAGGGGGCUCGAGCAGAAGCUAUGCGACAGCUCUCCGAUAUGCAUCAAUCAAUUCAAGAACUCGAAAAGGAGCGAGAGGAGAUUAUGAACAUGUUUGAGAACCAGAUCAAUACGGCAUUGUCAAAGGGGUAUAGAGACGAUACGCGUCCGUCGACUCCUUCAGGCUCCUCUGUUUGCUGCUCUCCGCACACCAGGGGUCGACCCGGCACACGGGACAGUGCCCAGUCGGGCUUGUCGAGGCUCACGAUGGAAUCUCAGCCCGUCAGCGUCCUUGGCGUGGCGAAAGGCCACGCGAGACAUCUGUUACCGGCUGAGAUUGAGCAAGAACGGAUGAUGUGGGAGAAAACGGAUGGCAUCGCAGCGCGAAUCGCCAGUAUUCAGCAAAAGCUCGAGAUGGCCCUCUGCAACGUGUCGAGCCACACGAGGACGAACAGCGUCGCGACGACCGAUACUGAUGCGGAUGACAAGGACGAGGUGGAUCUCACCGAGACUUUUUCGCUGGACAAGACGAAAGAGCCUAAUGGCUCUGUUGAGACGUUCAAAGUGAAGCCGACCCUUGACUCGCUCAGCCCAUCGUCUCUCGACGUGCAAUUGUCGCAUAGUCCACGAUCGACCUGGACCACCAAAGUCGAGGAGCUCGACAGUCGACGCCGACUUUCCGCGACGGAGCUGGGUCUCAUCCCGCGAGGCGUGUCGCUGAGGAUCAAACGGCGCCCCGAGUCGGUCGGAGACGUGCGCGAUGGAUUGGAUCGAUCGGCGUCGGACAGCUCAGUCGGGCAGACCGAGCAUGUUCGCCUGACGAGUGAUUCGACGUUUGAUGAGGAUUCCAUCCUCACACCUUUGGCAUCGGAAGCUGGUGGGUUGGUCGAUGAAGACGUUGGGAAGGGUCGUCUCGGCGUGGCGGAGUGAUCCGACCGUGGCCUUAGGAGUGCGUCGAGUUGUGUACACGCUUCAUGCAUUAUGUUCAAGAUAA